UAUGAUCACGUGACUAGAUCCACAAUCGGUUGUUGAUCGAAUCGCACAGCGUAAGUUGUGAUUUGGAUCUCAUAAGCUGGGAAAACUACACUUGAAUUGAUACCAGAGACAUGGAACGAUGCCAUUUAAGGAAUUAAGAAAGGCGUACUCGGAGUAUAUAGUGAUUUUACUUCUUCUGGAAAUUUAAUGGGAUAAUUUCAACUUACAAGGUGUGAUCGCAAACGGCUUCGUGUGUUUGACUUUGAGCGCCGCACCUACACUGGGCUGGGGCCAUUGCUCAAGUACAGCGCACGGCUGAGCUGGGGCAGCAAUCAGUAAUCUUUCCAGCCUCCGCAGCUUGCGGGCCAACCGUGGGCAGUAAAGAUUCCAAUUCAGAUAUUACUCCCUGUCCCUGAAUAACAUGGCUGCCGACUCAAAUACUGUUUUGGCACAGAACCACGGUGACACUCUAGGGACCUACGUGGAGCAGUAUGGAGGUCAUGAUAUCCUGGAUCUCUCCGAUGCCAGCUUCCAGCAGAAGCUGGAGCAGAUCAAGGACCAGAUUAAGAAGGAGAUCCGCAAGGAGCUCAAGAUUAAGGAGGGCGCAGAGAACAUGCGCAAGGUGACUACUGAUAAGAAGAGCUUGGCCAAUGUCAACAACAUGGUGAAGCAGGCCAAUGCAAGACUGCAGGAGCUGCAGCAGGAACUCAAUGAACUAAAUGCAAGGAUCGUUGUCAACACAGAGGAUAUGACACCUUCAGGUGGUGAAAGCGACCCUCUCUCACCGGACCAGAAUGAUGCGCCCCCACCCAAGCCCAACCCCAACAGCCGCAUCGGUGCCCUGGAGAAGCAGCUAGCCAUUGAGAUGAAGGUGAAGCAAGGAGCUGAGAAUAUGAUCCACAUGUACUCCUCCGGUCCAACUAAGGAUCGCAAGCUUCUAGCGGAGGCGCAGCAGAUGCUUCAGGACAGCAAGACGAAGAUAGAGUUCAUCCGCAUGCAGAUUUUGAAGACGCAGCAGGCGCAGCAAUCGCAACAGAUACCCACUGAGGAGAAAGAAGCAGGGGAGGUCUCAGAUAUGGGUUUCCGGCGGACGUCGGCCGUAGAGCUUCAGCUGACCCCAAUAGAGUUCCGCGUUGAAGAGGUCAGACAUCAUUACAAGGUGGAGCUAGCUCUGGUGGAAGGCUUCAAGAAUGUCAUCAAAAUGUAUAAUAAUGCAAAGACCUCAGACAAAAAAGGCUUAGCCGAGGCACAGAAAGGUUUGGUAGAAGCCAGUCACAAGCUGGAUAUCCUCAGAGAAGGUUUGGAGAAGAGAAUACAGGAAUUACCUCCAGAUCAGUCUAGAGUAUCACAAAUCAAAGAAGAACUCAAGUCAGGCAAAAUGAAGUCUGACAACCCUCUUCCUAAACCUGCUGCCUUGACCGGAGUCCUUGAGGUGAGGAUAAUGGGAUGUCAGGAUCUUCAGGAGUUGAUUCCUUGUAAGGCCAGGAACAGCAUCACACUGUUGAACAGUCCAACUGAAAGCAAAGGUGGCAUCCUUAAUAGGGGGAAGACAUCAUUUCAUGGCAGGAACAGCUCGCGAUCAUCAAGCGCAAAAGAUGAAAUAUCAAAUGAAAUCAGUGCUGUUAUGAAGUUAGAUGGUGUCCAAGUUGGCCAGACGCCGUUCAAACCUAUUAGUAAUCAAUGCUGGGAUCAGAAGUUCCUCUUCAAUCUAGAUAAAGCCCGUGAAUUAGAAAUCAAUGUUAGGUGGAAAGACUACCGGUCACUGUGUGCGGUCAAGUUUCUUAGGCUCGAAGACUUCCUGGAUAACCAGAGGCAUGGCAUGUGUCUCAAUCUAGAACCUGAUGGGUUAUUAUUCACAGAAAUCACAUUCACCACACCUGUGAUAGAGAGGAGAACCAAACUCAGAAGGCAAAGGAAGAUCUUUCCUAAGCAUAAAGGUAAGAACUUCCUAAGGGCAGGCCAGAUGAACAUCAACGUAGCCACAUGGGGUCGCUUGAUGAAACGGGCCAUCCCGCCUGGUCUCACCCCUUCUGGGACCUCACCCCCGACAGCCAUCAGACCCCGCCCCCCUAUCCAAAGGUUAAGCUUUGGGGAGGGGGACUCAUCAGGAUCGGCAGGAACCAACUCACAAGAGGGCGGGGCGCCCUCACCGUCGCAGGAUAGGAUGGGUGGACAUGAAAUACAGGAUGCUCUGUCAUCGUUUGACUUCCUUAAUAAUAGUCCAUCAGGUUCACCUAAGGUAGGAUCAUCGUUACCCCCUCCAGCAGCCAGAUCCACACCACCACAGUCACCCGAGACACAGGGGCAUAGAACUCAGGACAUUUCCGCCAUGGAUGAUGGAACUCUUAUGACGUUAGAGAACUUCAGGUUAAUAAGCGUGUUAGGUCGUGGUCACUUUGGAAAGGUGCUUCUUACAGAGUACAAGACAACAGGAGAAUUCUUUGCCAUCAAAGCCUUGAAGAAGCGGGAUGUGGUUGCAAGAGAAGAAGUUGAAAGCUUGAUGUGCGAGAAGAGGAUCUUCGAAGCAGCCAACUCCAUCAGACAUCCCUUCCUAGUCAACCUGUUUGCAUGUUUCCAGACUGAACAUCAUGUGUGCUUUGUCAUGGAGUAUGCCAUGGGAGGCGAUCUUAUGAUGCAUAUACACAACGAUGUCUUCACAGAGCCUCGUACUGUAUUUUAUUCAGCGUGUGUGGUACUAGGUCUUCAGUAUCUCCAUGAAAACAAGAUUGUAUACAGGGAUCUGAAACUUGAUAACCUGCUCCUCGACCAAGAUGGCUUCCUGAAAAUUGCCGACUUUGGUCUGUGCAAAGAAGGCAUGGGAUACGGGGACAGGACCAGUACCUUCUGUGGGACACCCGAGUUCCUGGCUCCCGAGGUUCUUACAGAACCCCACUACACCAGGGCAGUGGACUGGUGGGGGCUUGGUGUACUUAUCUUUGAGAUGUUGGUAGGAGAGUCUCCUUUCCCUGGUGAUGAUGAAGAGGAAGUAUUUGAUAGUAUUGUCAACGAUGAGGUUCGCUAUCCUAGAUUCCUAUCUACAGAAGCAGUAGCCAUUAUGAGAAGGUUACUAAGGAGAAACCCUUUGAGAAGACUUGGUUCAAGUCAAAGAGAUGCUGAAGAUAUCAAGAUGCAAGGGUUUUUCAGGAAUAUCAAUUGGGAUGAUCUACUUAUGAGGAGAGUGACACCGCCAUUUGUACCAAGAAUAGCGAAUCCCGAAGAUGUGAGUAACUUUGAUGAGGAAUUCACAUCGGAGCAUCCUGUCCUUACGCCAGCCAAGGAUCCUCGUGCUCUCACUGAUGAGGAACAAGAGCAUUUUAAGGAUUUCAAUUACAUUGCAGACUGGUGCUAGUAGGGUAAUCCACCGUAACUGACAGCAAAGUAUCUGUGUGGGACUACAAUGAUAAGGGAUAUUACUUUUGCUUGUGAAUUGAGGAGUACUCAUUUGUGGUGACAGAAAAGUGAUUGGAUGGGACUACAAUACAAAGAAUGAAGUUGUUUCUUUUUCGUCCAGGUACCCUGUCAAAAAUCACUCAUCCGUGAUGUAAACACACCAAAAUGAAUAUGUGGGACUGCACCUCAAAGGAAUGGAAUUUACCUAUUGGUAGAAAUGUGCUCUGGUAGGAAUCCUAUGAGAUGUUUUGAAUUUGAUCAUAUACCUCAUAAGAUAAUCUGUGCACAGAGACCCAGGAAGCACCUCUGUUUAUAAUGCGUACAUUUUAGCUCCAAGUGUUACAGAAAUGUUCGGAUUCAGACAAGAGUGACAGAGAGAUAUUGAAAAGAUCCUCAUCACCAUAUUACAGUGUAACAUCCAUUCAAAGAAAUGGCAUCAGAAUCACUGCUUGGGACUAUGGGUGCUACCUGCAAAGUUCAGAGCGACUGGAUGGGACUGUGCAUUCAGCUGGAUAGUUCACACCAAAUUGACUGCAUGGGACUACAUGUAUCAUCUGAAAGUAGACCCCAGAGUUACUGCAUGGGACUGAGCAUACUGUAUGUAAGCCAACUCCAGAGUAACCACAUGGGACUAUGAGUGUGUUUUCUCAACCUUAUUAUCUUGAGAGUCAAGACUUCCAAGCAGGAAUCAAUGUUAGGCAAUUAAAUUGGCCUCUCAAUUAUGAUAGACAUGUAAAGUGAUGACAUUCCUUGACUUGUAAUCACUUUUCACACACCAGAUUGUGGAUCAUUAGGUGGGGCAUACACAGGAUCCGUUUUGUGCAGUAAUUGCUUUUCACACACCAGAUUCUGGAACAUUAGGAGGGGUAUACACCAGAACUGAGACCUGUAGUAAUGAUCUUUAACCAAACAGAUUAGGGGUUUACAUGUUACCUUCUUACUCUUCAAUCUCUCUCAUACCCUUCCCCCAUUAGAUUCGAUUUUGUGAGAAGUGAUUCCCACGCAAAAUUAAACGAAUCACGUUUCGCUCAGUGACCGUUAUCCUCUAUGCUUGUAACCUGUGGUGCUACAGCUACUAUAUGUCAAUACGGUGCUUGGAAUAUGUCAAUUGUAUUUGAUAGAAAAAAAUAUAUAUAUAUUGGAAUGAAUAUUUGGAAUGGAAAGAUAUAUUUUGAGGUGAUAGAAAUGUUGAUAAGAUGUCAUUGAAUAGGCUUCCAUGUAAUGAAGAGUAAUUAACCAAUGGUAUCAGUCAUGUAUGCCAAGAAAAAAGCACGUAUUGGAAUCGUAAUAAUCUAAUGUCACCUACAGAAUAACCAGGAGUCAACAAGAUCUUGGUCUUCUAAGAGUAGGGGUGCUAGUCCUUUUCGUCCUAGAGAAUAAGAUCCUCAUUUUGGACCUGUGCCCUUUAAUACUGCUCAGAAUCAGAUUGUCACUAUGACUUGUUGCACCACCAGUUGAGUUUUUGUGACUUGAAAGUUGGAAUUAUUAGGAUCUACUUGAUUGGAAAUACUGUUAACUCUGCAAGUUUUGCUUUUGAUUAGUAAUCAUUUGCUGGUGUACAUGUAUAAUUUCUUUCCAAGACUUAUGUCUGAUGUUAUGAGUUUUUUGCAAUACCCCUCAAAUAUAUAAAGGACCAUAAAAUGAUUCAGGGUCUGUAACAGCCACGAUGCCAGUACCCCCAAUUGUCAGAAUAUUCAAUACAUGGAAGUGGCUAAGUUGAUAUGAAUUGUGCUUUAUUUGUUUUUAACAAGUAUUGUUUUGAUGCCUGAUGAAGCCACUUUUCAAUUUGGUGUUGAAAAUCCUCUCUGCCCCUCCCCCAUAAAAAAAAUGCCCUCCCCAAACCCCUAAAAUGGUCACCCCAAGUUUUUUUUUCAUAUUUGGCAGUAUUUUUGUCAUUGUCAACAUUAUAUCAUGAAAAAAUGGGUAUUCCCUUUAGUUGAUCUUGAGUUGGGUAUUCAAACAAAAGAAGCAAUAUUCGUGUGGAGGCUACUAUUUAUUUAAUACUCUAAAAUGCAGGAGGGCAUUUAUGAAAGAAAUUGUCUGACAUUUUAUAUGACGACAAGUCCUGUUAUAUCUGAUGGUUACCAUAGUAACUGUCCUUAGCCAAUCAAAAUAGAAGGAGCUUGUCAGUGACAGAUGUUUAAUGAAACACUCACUGAUCACUACAUUUGGUUCACCUAACCUAUUUUGAUCUUUUAGAGUGUUAUCGUUACACGCAGAAUGCUAGCCAGUAAUAAAGGUAAAUGAAUAGUGUAUUAGAUGUUGUGAAUUGAAAAGGACUUUGAAUAUUUCCAUCCACAUUUAUCAGUACUUUAUCACUUGUUAUGGUAAGGAUUGGUAUUAUGUUCUGUUUUACCAAGAACAAAGAAAAUUAUGUAUUCAUGACCACUUUAUGGUUAGUUUUAUUUCCCCUGAGAUUAUUUUCAGUUACAUCUCUCUUGGUGACCUCUCAGAGGGAAUUACACAACUUGAUUGAAAUUUGUAUUUUGUAGGAUAUUAAUUAGGACAAGUCUCGUUAUCUCACACAUUUGUGGUGAUUUUGAGUUGCCAAUUUGAGGAGAUGUACACGGAUGAGAGGCAUAAGUAUAUUCAUCUGAAAUUAUGUGUUCUCUUAAAGUGUGUGUUGGGAUUUAAUGCUCAAAACCUGUGCCUUUGAUUUCUUAUUGAGUUGUUCUGAAAUUAUUUCUGAAAUGAUUUCUACCUAGAGGCCCUUCGUAUAUUAUUAUAAAAGGUAAUACACAGUGUUUACUUUAAUAUGAUUUUAAUGGUAAAACAUUGAUUGUGUAAUGAUUUCAAAUUUACACAAUUUUUUGUAUUUACUAUCCUUAUACUUUUUUGGCCAGUACAACAAAACACUCAACGUAUAACAUUUUUAGGGGAAAGAAGUAGUGGAGGAAAUUUUGAAAUUUUUUCAACCCAAGGACUUUGCAACAAUGAUCAUUUAUAUCUAUGUCAGGGUAGGCUAUAUCAACUAAUACUGAUUGUAUGAUCAAUUUAAGAUUAAUCAACCUUUGGCUGGUAAACUUGUGUAUUACCUUUAAUGGACUUAAAAAUGCCUGAUUUGUAUUUAUUGAGCACAUCUCUGCUCGGUGACAAUGAAAGUGCUAAUUACUUUUUAAACUUUAAGAAAGCCUCCACCCUUAUCAAGGAGA